CUGAUGCCCACUUCGACACAAACGGCGAGCCAGUCAGCAGCAGGUAAACAAACCUAUCUGACUGGGACGGCGAGCCAAACAAAGCGUAUGCGUUCCGUCUUGUAUUUUUAAUGGCGAGGACGAUGACAGUCGACAAAAAGAUGUGUCUGCUGUCACCAAUUCAGUAAAACAACAGCUGAAUUGUUAUUCAACAGAGGUGAGUCGACGACAAACAGAAGGACGAGUUUAACCUGCAGUGGAGAAACGACUGUCGACAUCUGCGCAUGAUGCAUUGCAGCACUUUUGAGAAAAUGGGUGUUUUUAGCGUCGUUCUCAGAAUAGGGUAUCUGAUCCGAGAUGUCGGUUGGGUUCUUUAGCUACCGUAUCAUUUAAUUGCGCUGGCCUCAAUAACAUCCCCUCUGGCGACCUGCAACAUGGGGCCCAUCAUGCAGGAACGCACAGCAUCCACUGCACUGAAACGCGUCAUCUCCAAAGAGAAGAUUCGGGUAAAAAAUACUGAAAAUAGCGGGCCAGUAACCAGUUCAAAGAAAGGUAACAAGAUGAAGAAAGCAGUGGGCCAAAUAAAAAAUGGCCUCCCAGGACCAGGUCAAGAUAAGGACACACUGACAGCAGUGCAGAGGGGUGCACAGACAAAAGGUGGCAGGGUCAAAUCUGGCACUACACGAAAUACAAGCAAACUGUCAAGCCCUGAAGAAGAUUUGAGACCUCAACUCCGCAAACACUCAUCUGUGCACCGGAAAGAGGAGAAACGCGAAAAUCAACGGAUGUCACAAUCCAGCGAUGAGCUACACCAGAAUCGCGGUGGGAUGGGGAAGAAUCGGCGAGCCCUCUCCCUGCCUCUCUCCCCAAUAUCAGGGCUACGACACAUACCAGCGCACCCCCUAACACACUCCCCAGCCCCCACCCCAGAGGCACUACAGCAUCACUACAACCAGAAGGAUUUAGACACUGACAGUGCCAGUGAUCUGUCAGACUCUGAGAGGCUGCCUGUGCUGCCCUCGCCUUGUACCCCCUGCACCCCUCCUCACCUCAACCUCCGGGCCGAGGUUAUUAACACUAAUGACUUUCCCCCGGAUUUCCCAGGACCCUGUGGGACUGUGGGUGAUGAGGAUGAGAGUGAAAAACCCAGCUACAGUUACCCAGACUUUCUGCCUCCUCCCUUCAACAGCUGGAGCCUGAGACAGCUUGCAGUGUUUCUUCAUACAGAGGGACGUGGUGCCCCCCGGCCCAAGCCUGUAGGGGACUUAGAGAAGUACCUGGAGAGGCUGCUGCAGCUGGAGUGGCUCCAGAUCCAAACGGCGCAAGCAGAGAGCAGCCGUCCGCCUGGAAGCCGUUCAAGGCCACAAGGCUUCCCCUCGGCCACCACUGCUCACCCACCCAGGCCUCACACAGCUCCACCAUCCCGACUCAACUCCCCUAAAGGGCUGCGGCACAGCCAGCGAGCCUUCCCAUUCACACCUGUCAACAACCCCCCAUCACCUGCCUCAGCCCAGCAUCAGCACUCCCGCUUCCCAGUUUGCCCUCACUGUCACAUUCGCUACCCGUUGUGUAAUGGAAGCUGCUCUGCCUAUGCCUACCAGCGGCACUCGCGGCUCAGCCCACUGCUUGAGCGAAGAGCCAGACCUGGGGCUCCAGCGAAGAGGAGCAGCAGUGAGACCCGAGCAACCUCCACAGAAGGUAGGAGCCCAGGAGGACAAGGGGGAGGAGGAGGAGGGGCAGCAGCAGCAGGAGCAGGAGCCCAGACCCCGGUUAGCCCCUCAGCUGGAAGGAGUCAUCUCAGACACAUGCAGGCCACAGGCAAUGCCCGUAAGCAACCCCAGGAAUCUGGAACUAACCCAAACAGCAGAGGUCAGGUGAGGAAAAGCCGCGUCAGAGCUAACUCUGAGACAGAUGUUAAAAAAGAGCCUGGUGGCAGUAAAGCGGCUGGUGCAGAGAAGCAGGUUUUUGCUGCAAGUAAGAGAGAGGGCUUCACCUCCAAGAGAGUAGAGAAAGACUGGCAGAGGACAGAGGCAGGCGGUCAGGCAUCUAAAACUGCCAUUAAAAGAGCUGCUAAAGAGCCGCAGUCUCUCUCCAAAGCACCACAUAGUAGUAAACAGAAUGGCAAAACAAAAAAUGUGCACUUUGUUGCAAAAUAACCCCAAUAGACCUACAGUAUAGUGCUUUACUUAGUGGUUAUUAGGUACAGGAGCUUGAACCUGUGCUUGCUUUCUGUGUAAUCUGUGUAAUACUAACAUGUAACUGUUAUACAGCAGUCUACAGUAAAUCAGCCAGUGGUGUACAGCUUUCAAAAGGUCAAAAUUAACAAGAGUUUGAACAGCUAGAAUAGCGAUAAAACAGCAAUGAUAUCAAAGCAUAAUAUGACACUCAAAUAGAACAGAAUUAUAUAUACAUAUUGUGUUUCAUUCAAACUGUACAGUAAGUAUACAGCCAUAAUGUUGGACAGUGUUUUGACAGAAGGCUCAUUAUGACUCAAAACACUACGGGGAUUCUAAAAACACAGCUUGUAUGUAAAUUGAACUCUGUUGCACUGCACAGUCAUCUCUCAGUAUGCUACUAAUGUUGAAAUAGGCAUAAAAUAAGCAUUGAUAGCUUUCAGCAUAAGUAAUCCAUAGUGAAGUUUAACGCGGAUCAUUACAUUUUAGUCAUCGAAUACAACCAUAGCCGUUACCAGUGGAGUUUUUGAUGUUGGAAUGUAUUUGUUUUCAUUGCUCUUGCUUUACUUGAUGUUGCUUUUUAUACUUUCUUUGGUGCCUCAUGUUUUAAGACUUAUGUUAAGUUAAAGCAUCUUUGGCUGAAAAGAAGGAGGCGCAAUAAGUGGUGGUGUACUGCAGUAAUGUAAUUUGUUUCAGAUAUAUUUGUGCAAUGGUUUUGAAAUUUUGGUUACAAGGGCUUUUCAUGUUUGAACAGCUUGAAUUGUAGUCUAUGAUAAUAUACUGUAUUUUGCAUAGAGCUGAGCUCUUUCUAUCAUUGAAGAUGAAGUGUAAUGUUUGCUACGAAUGUAAAAGCAUAUUUUUCCAAAUUUUAUAUACCAUAGUUAUAUUUAUGAAAAGUGUUGUGGUUGACUUGUAUUCAUCAUUGUCAUUAUUAUGUUUACAUCAUCAUGCACAAAAAGAAAAUAUUUAGUAAAAGAGCUGAAUGUAACUUAACGUCUACCAUGCUGUACCAUCGGCCAUUCCCGUGAUUCAAUGGAAUUUCAUCACAUCAUAGCUGUUAGGCUGUAACAUGGUAAUGUUAUACAUAUCACCUCCAUAUUCCACUGCAUACUUGAAGUCUUUAGAACACUGUUUACAUUAGUGUCUUAUCUGUUUGUUGUGAUUUACCAUGUGCAUUACAUUGAUGUAAAUAAUGUGAUAUGUAUUCAGAUUGCACCUCUUUACUUAAUAUUCAUGUAAAGUAUCGAAGCCAUAGAUAAGGGGCCAGGAGUGGCGAUGUUAUUAUAAAUGUGUACAUUAUGUUGACACGCACGCAGAAAGAUUGUGGUAUGUAUUUUCUCAGUGUUGAAUGCAAGUAUUUGUAAGGCAUAGAAAUAAAUGUUUUGCACUCAA